AUGAUAAACUGCUCUUUUACCACCAGCAACUUUCCACAGGAAUGGAAAAUCGCAGAGGUCAUCCCUAUCCCCAAGUUAGGAGAUAAAGAGUUAGCAUGUAAUAACCGCCCAAUUUCAUUGUUGCCAGUUAUGUCUAAAAUCUGCGAAAGGCUGGCUCACGGUCAAUACAAUAACUUCCUAUGUUCCGAAGGUAAACUCUCUGCGCAUCAAAAUGGAAACAGGAAAUUACAUUCAACUGAAACAGCCUUACUCAAAGUUACUGACGAUAUUUUGAAAGCAAUGGACGAAAAAUUGAUUACCAUUAUGGUCCUAAUUGAUUUUUCGAAAGCCUUCGAUAGCAUCAAUCAUGAAACUCUAUUAAAUAAAUUAUGGAAUAUUGGAAUGGCUCCAAGUGCUUUGAAAUGGUUUUCCAGCUACUUGACAAAUAGAUCUCAAAAAGUACGUUUGGGAGAGUUUCUAUGGCAACGACUCCCACUAUCUCACGGAGUACCCCAAGGAUCUAUUUUGGGACCUUUGAUGUUUACUGUGUAUGUCAACGACCUACCAUCGUCAGUUGUUAACUGUAAGCCGGAGUGUUAUGUUGACGAUAGCAAGCUUUACGUUAGUUUUGUUUUACAUGACCUGGUUUCAGCUAUAGGCCAAAUCAACAAAGUUCUUGACCAGUUAUGUUCUUGGUGCUGUGGCAACUCCCUCCUAAUCAACCCUGAGAAAACUAAAGUUCUCGCCUUUGGUACUCGUCAGCGCCUACAACAGCUACCAGGUUUCUCCAUUAAACUUCUGUCCAAACAAAUCGAACCUACUCGUGUUGCUAAAGAUCUUGGCGUUCACUUGGAUUCAUGUCUUUCGUAUACACAUCAUGUUGAUAAAACAGUAUCUUCGUGCAUGUACUCAUUAUUCCAAAUAAAUCGCGUCAAACACCUUUUAGAUCGAAAGACCCUUUUACUUGUUAUACACUCUCUAGUUUUUAGUAGAUUAUUCUACUGUUCUUCCGUAUGGAGCAACACUUCUAAAGAAAAUGUAAAAAAGUUGCAACUUGUACAAAACUUUGCUGCUCGUAUUGUUGUUGGUUUACGGAAAUAUGAUCAUGUUUCUCCUGCCCUGAAAGAACUCAAACAAAUGGCUGAAUAUUACAGACCAAUUGUAUCUCCGAGAUGCAGUGCUUGUUUUUAA